AUGACCUCCCGUCGCAUCCCCAUCCAACAGCCUCAGCGACCCGCUCAGACACAGAACACAGGCUUCAAGUCCUCCUCGCUCGACGCAGUCUUCUCCUUCCAGCGUUCGGCGCAGUUCUUCGGGGAAAACUUGCCUUCGGCUGCGUCGUUCGUCGAUCCCAGUCGGUAUCCCCGGCCGCCAGAGGAUUGGAGUAGCGGAGACGAGGACGAGGAGGAUGACGGCGACGAAGAGGAGGCGGUCGGCGGAAGAGGGAGGCGCACGCGGAGACGGGAGAUGAGCGAGACGACCGAGGACGAUGAGGAGAGCGAAGUCACCGACGGCCACGAGCCAAGCUCGAGCGAAGCAUGGCACAGCACGCACGACGGGACGGAGCAGUUGCCGCCGAACGCGGUCGUACGAGGCGGAGGCUCGAGGCGCGCGAGUGCGGCAGGAUGGAACGGCGCCGCUUCUCCUGCUACCGAGCGCAGCCCGCUUCUCGCUGCCUCUCGUCCGGCGGCCGCGGCAGCCAACGGCUCGCACCUUUCAUCGGGCGUCGACAUCACCGAAGAACCCGAGCAAGUCGUGCGGAGACGGCCGUCGACUUUCUCCAAAGAAGCGUGGAAGGCCGCUAUCGAGGAGCACCGCGGCGAGUCGACCUGGUCCCAGUCCCUCUUCAACACCGUCAACGUGCUCAUCGGCGUCGGUCUGCUGGCAGACCCGCUCGCCUUUGCCGACUCGGGCUGGAUCUUCGGGACUAUCCUGCUAGUCUUCUGCUGUCUCGUAACGAACUACACCGCCAAGAUGCUCGCCGCGAUGAUGCGCCAAGACCGCCACUCGCACACCUACGCCGACGUCCUUAUCCGCGCCUACGGCGGCAAAUACACUCCCUCGCUCAUCUACUUCCUCUUCCUCGUCGAACUCCUGACGUUCAGCGUUGCGACUGUCGAGUUGUUCGCCGACUCGAUGGCGAGCUUGUUCCCCAAAGUGGGAGCUCUCGCGUUUAAGCUUAUCUCGUAUGGCAUCCUCCUUCCCACGACCUUUCUCCCCCUCCGCAUCCUCUCCCUCACCUCCCUCAUCGGCAUCAUGUCCUCCUUCGUCCUCCUCGCCGUCCUCAUCACCGACGGAGCCGUCAAGCAUGACGCGCCGGGCAGUUUGGUCCAGGUUAUGCCGACGAGCAUCUGGCCGAGGUGGAAGCGGUUUCCGCUCAGCUUUGGGUUGUUGAUGAGUGGGUUCUCCGGUCACGCCGUCGUCCCCUCGCUCUACCGCGACAUGGCGCACCCGCAGCACUUCCCCUCGAUGAUCAACGUUGCGUACAUCAUCGCCUUCUCGACCUCGCUCGUCUUUGCCGUCCUCGGCUACCUCAUGUUCGGCAACGACGUCUCGAGCGAGAUCACGCGCGACUUGGCCAAGACGGCCGGCUACCCGGUCGUCUUGAACAAGCUCGCAGUGUGGAUGGUCGCGCUCAACCCGCUCGUCAAGUACGCGAUUGCGAACAAGCCGCUCGUACAGACGUUCGAGCACCUCGUCGGCUUGCACCACCACCACGCGCCGUCACCAAUUCCGCAACAAGCACCUCCCGCCCCCGACCCGUCCGACAGCGUCAUCGCGACCCCGAACGUCUCGCACCUCUCGCCCGCCAUCUCCUCCGCCAUCUCUUCCGCACCACUCACGACACCCGCAGAGCACGCCGCACACGAAGCGCACCAGCGCCGCGUUCGCAUACUCCGCUACACCGUCUUCCGCCCAGCACUUACCCUCCUCUGCAUCGCGGCCGCUAUCGCCAUCCCAGAGUUCGACCGCGUCCUCGCCUUCCUCGGCUCGGCCAGCGCAUUCGUCAUUUGCGUCAUCGGACCAGUCGGGGCGUACUUGAUCGUCGGUAAGAAGCGCGAGCCUGGAGCGCCCGGGAUGAGGAAGAGGAGGAAGAGCUCGGUGAGCGCGGCAGCGGGAGGGCGGUACGGCGCGCUCGUUGCGCAAGUGGGUUCAAAGCCGGCUGUCCCAUCGCCGCUCAGCUCGAGCUUUGGGCAGAGCGAUCUCGAGCGGCGCAGGCGGUCCAAGGCGUUCGAAGCGGGCGCGGCGGACAGCGAACGCGAGCUCGUCGUCGAGGGAGCGGAGCGAGCUCUGUGUUGGGUGUUGUUGGUCGUGUCGGUGCUCAUGGCGACUGUCGGAACGGUCUGGUCUUUCUUGCCGGUCGAGGAGGCGGGGUUGCAGUAG